CCCCCUCCCCCCUCCCUCUCCAACCCCGCCGCACCCUCGCCAUGACACACUCUCCGUUGGCGGCCAUCAAGCCGCCGCGUCCGUUCUUCCAAUCUCACCCUAGCCAUACGGAGCUCGUCGACUCCUACCUCCGUACCUGGGUCGAGGACGGCGUCAAGACCGGCGCGUUCAUCCACGAUGCCGACGUGUACGGUUCCGACCCCGCCGACCUCCUCCAGCAGUUCGCGCCGGUGGUGGCCCACAACGGUGAGCGGGCGUGGUACUUCUACAGCCUGCUGCGCUACAAGCACAGCAGCGGGAAGCGGAAGAAGCGAUCCACCGGGUCCGGGACCUGGCAUAGCGAAGCCAAACCGAAGCCCGUGUUCAUGGCGUCCAAGUCGAACUGGCACCAGAUUGGACUCCGCCAGACCUUCUCCUUCGUCGUCAGGAAUGAAACCGGCGCGCUGUUCCGCACGGGUUGGAUCAUGAUGGAGCACCGCCUCCUCAACGACGACGGUGAGGAGAAACAGCAGGAGGAGGAGGGCUUCCUCGUAUAUCGUGUCCUGUGCAAGGUGUACCGCAGCCCGCGCAAGCCCGAGCCAAGCGGCAACAAGGCCGCGGCGGCGGCCUCGCCCGGGCACAAGAUCGAGGCCGACGACGACGAAUCUAACGACGCAACGUUGGACGAAAACGACGACGACGAAUCUAACGACGCAACGUUGGACGAAAACGACGACGGCUCCAAUGCGGCGCCACCGGCGGCAUCUGGACGCAAGAGGAAAUCCGACGACGUCGAACCCAGCGAAGCGAAGGCGAGCGACGUGAUCGCCGGAGGGGCCGCGGCGGCGCCCGCGCCCAAGAAAAAGUCCGACGGCAGCAGCUCCCCUGUCGCUACAUCUCCUACGACGGAAAUGCAGUGCCCUGGGUGCGGUCACCAUGUCCUCGUUACAAUGAACAGGGCGGAGCCCAAAUCGCAGACGGAGAUCGCGAAGGACGAGUCGGCCCCCGGCGCUCGUCAGCAGGGCGAAAUUCGGAUGUAUGAGUUCCUUUGAGAUCCCCCCCCCCCCCCCCCCCCCCCCCCCCCAAAAAAAAAUCCUGGAAACAGAACCCAUUCCUCGGAAGAAGUCAUUACAAGGUUUGGGGGGGUUAAUCAUUAGGGUAGUUUGGUUGCAUUUUUAGGUUGCCGGUUUAGUUUACUAGUGCUUUUCGUUCUAUCUUUGAGAGGAAAUGUACGAAACAGAAUGUGAUACUGCUACCGGACCUUCAAGAGGGCUAAAAUGAUGCAACAGCCUCUAGUACAGGAGCUUAUUUAAAAAA